CCGGUCUCGUAGCGGCUGCCGCGGCUGUGGGACCCCCGGCCCGGCGCCUCCAAUGGCCGAGUAGCCCCCCGCCCGCCCUGCGGACCCCCCCCCGCCAUGGCCUUCACCUUCGCCGCCUUCUGCUACAUGCUCACGCUGGUCCUCUGCGCCUCGCUCAUCUUCUUCGUCAUCUGGCAUAUAAUCGCCUUUGACGAAUUGCACAUAGAUUUUAAGAAUCCCAUCGACCAGGGCAAUCCAGCCAGGGCAGAGUGUGGAAGAUCAGCAAAAGGGACGUCGAAGAGUCCCAGAUCUUGUGCAAUUCGCCUCUUAAAAUUGCGGCUGGCACUUCACCAAGAUGUCUCUCAGCUGGCCCAUCUCAUCCUUAAGAGAGAAAGGUUGAAAAAUGUCGAACGGAUCUGUUGCCUUUUGCGAAAGCUCGUGGUUCCGGAAUAUUCCAUCCAUGGCCUUUUCUGCCUGAUGUUCCUUUGUGCAGCUGAAUGGGUGACUCUGGGCCUCAACAUCCCCCUCCUCUUCUACCACUUGUGGAGGUACUUUCACCGCCCAGCUGAUGGCUCGGAAGUUAUGUACGAUGCCGUCUCUAUCAUGAAUGCUGACAUCUUAAAUUAUUGCCAGAAAGAAUCAUGGUGCAAACUGGCUUUUUAUCUGUUGUCUUUCUUCUAUUACCUGUACAGUAUGGUUUAUACCCUGGUGAGUUUCUAAUCGCGCCAACCGAAGGGGCAGGACCCUCCCGAUCCACACCACCACGACCACCGGGGUGAACCGAGAAACCCACCCACCCACCCAACCAACCAACCAACCAACCAACAUCCUUCCUGGAGGUUGAAACGCUAAGCCGAGAUGGAUCCACCCGUGCCUGACAAAAGCCGUAACCAGCCGGAUAAGCCGCCGUCGCCGCCGUCUUUUUUUUUUUUCCUUUCCAGAGCGGUGGGCUGUCUUUCUGCUCUCCCCUCCUGUGCUCCGGAUAACGACACACAACACACAACACACAACACACACCGGUUAUAAUUUGGAGAACGAAGCCAGCGUUCCUCCCCCUCACGGCCGGCCGCUUUUCCGCUGAACUUUUGGGGAAAUCCCGCGAACGGAUUUGGGGUGCAGAAGACAAACCCUCCCCACCCCUUUCUUCUUUCUCUCCCCUCCCUCCAUCUUCUCCCCUCUCCCUGGGUUGGACCGAUUCCUGCCUUUAGUCCACCUUUGAGUUCCCUCCCUCCCCCACUUCCUUUUUUUGGGGGGGGGGGUAGUCUGGGGGCCAA